CUGCGAUCCAGUGGUACCCUCCCCUCAGAACGUACUUGCAGCACCAACUGGGGAUAGGCCGCCUCCAACUUGCAGUUGGCCUCCAUGCUUGGCUCUUUCCCCGCCAUGCCAUACGUCAAUCCCACCGUCUGCGAGAGACAACCAUAUUCCCUUCCCACUCUACACCAACACGCUGCGCUGACCGACGGACUCUUGAGAUUUUAGUUUUGAGCAAUACAUAGAGACAUUACCCGAACCAAGUCUAUGAGACGCGCAUUUGUUUAUACCAUAUCUGCCUCUGAGCAAUCUUGAACCGCACUCCCUUCCUGGGCGACUAGCAAGCACAUUCCUACGUUCAGACGACCGUUCAGUACCGGCCUGCAACCAAGUUGCCAAACCAGUUGCCUUCCAGCAAAAGCCGAGCAGACAAGCGGGCAUAUAUAGUGGCGCAGCGGCGUCGUUAGCAUUUGGUAAAAGGCCAUCGAUAUGGCGGUCAUUGACCAGGACAACUUCUCCAACAUUUCGUGGCAUAGUGAGCAGAACGCAGAGUCGGCAGCCUCGACCGCGCAGGUCCAUCACGAGUCCAACAGCAGUCCGGAGUACGCAAGAAGCGGACCAGACGACGGAAGGCCAGGCGACAACGCCGCCGGUAUGGAACACGACGAGCUUGACCACAGCGGCGGCGAGAUCCUCGACUGCACUGUGUCUGACCCGCACAAGGAGAACGAUGGCACCAAAGAUGCCUAUGUAUCCUAUCUAAUCACGACAAAUACCACUUUUCCUUCCUUCCAGAAACCCAAAACCACAGUACGACGACGGUUCACCGAUUUCGUUUUUCUCUACAAGGUCCUAUGCCGUGACUACCAGGCUUGCGCCGUCCCUCCGCUGCCGGACAAGCAGCGAAUGGAAUAUGUGCGGGGCGACAGGUUCGGCACUGACUUCACCGCGAGGCGAGCAUACUCGUUGCAGCGGUUCCUGGCUCGUCUGGCCCUUCAUCCGAUACUGCGGAAAGCCGACAUUCUCCAUGCCUUCCUGGAGAGCCCCGACUGGAAUGCUACCAUGCGCAGCCGGUCGGUCCGGGGAUCGCUAGCGUCGCCCGGCGGGAUCGGUGAUUCGACUCUCGGUGGAAGUGCUGCAGCGGGCGGUGGCGGCGGUGUGUUUGAUACGUUUGCGGACAGCUUCAUGAAUGCAUUCACAAAAGUGCACAAGCCCGACCGGCGGUUUAUCGAGAUCAAGGAGAAGAGCGACAAGCUGGACGAAGACCUCAACCAUAUUGAAAAGGUAGUGGCGCGGGUGGCCCGCCGGGAAGCCGAUAUUGAGUCGGACCUCAAGGACCUAGCCGAGCAGUUCCAAAAGCUCAUUACCUUGGAGCCCGGAGUCGAGACAGCUGUGCGUGCCUUUGCCGCUUCGGUGGAAGACACCGCAUCCGGGCUCAAGAAGCUCAAAGACCAUACUGAUCAGGACUACCUUGGCUCGCUACGGGACAUGGUGGCAUACAGCGGCACCCUCAAGAACCUACUCAAGGCGCGCGAGCAGAAGCAGCUCGACUAUGAGCAGCUGACCGAGUACCUCAACAAGAGCAGGACGGACCGCGACAUGCUAGCGUCAGGCCAGAGCUACGGCGCCGGCUCGGCGCUCAUGAGCGGUGCGGGCGGCUUCAUCCGCUCCAAAAUCGAAGAUGUCCGCGGCGUGGACCAUGAGCAGGCGCGCCGCGACCGGCAGCGCAAGCUCGAGCUUCGUAUCGAAGAGCUCACUCGCGAGGUGGAGGUGGCGCGCAACGAGUCGGAGAGCUUCGCGGAGCAGGUCAGCCGCGAGGUGGAGAGCUUCGACUGGAUCAAGCGCGUCGAGUUCAAGCGCCAGUUCAGCGGGCUGGCGGACGCGCAUAUUGAAUUCUACGGUGAUGUCAUGUCGGUGUGGGAGCAGUACGUGAUGGAGAUGGAGAAGGAGGGGGUCGUCCUCCCGGCAUAGAAGGCUAAGGAGGCGGCAAAAACCAAGGAAGAGGAUACUACGACUGACGAGGAAGAGUGGGCGGAUAGCCAUGAAUAUCUCCACCAUGACAACGAGAGAGAUCAGCAGGGUGCUGGUGCUGGUGCUGGGGUCGGUGCACAUAGGGGAGGCCCGGACUACAGCGGAGGUUUAUCACCACCGAAUUGGAAUGAUAUGGACUGGCAUUCGGUGCCGGGACCCAAUGGCUCUUGAGCUCUGUUACAUACAAGGCUCUGCUGGACUCUCCGCCUGUUCCGUAGAAUGGUGACAAAGAACUCCACCGUAGGACUGGCCGUGUGACGAGAAGGGGAUGAUGUGUAUUUUUCUAAUGAAUAGCUACUACGCAGGAUCGGUUAUGUAUUGGCAUUGCAUUACUAUUAGGUGUGCUGCGAUAGCACGCAAGCAUAUUAUCGUUAAACUCAUUGACGGCUCCUAUUAGCGGUUGGCCUACGACUGAGCAAGGUAAAAUCAUCAUGAUGCUCCGUAGGAUAAUAUCAAAUGUGUGUUUCGG